AUUUCCCUUCUCGGCUUCUCCAGCGGGGGCUAUGGCGGGGGAGCCCGAGGGGAAGGCUGUCCACGCCUGGUCUCGGAUCUCCCUGGUGGGACCGAAGGCUCUGGAGGACGCGCUGACCGUCUUCAGCCCCAUGUCCAAGGAUCUCCUGAACUCCGAGAGGCAGCUGAUCACCUUCCUGCACGGGCUGAGGGAGGAAGGCUACCAGCCCACCAUCCUCAGGAGCAAAGAUGUCUACGGUUACACGUCGUGCACGGCCGAGACCCCCACCCCAACCCCCACCACCCCCACCCCAGCCCAACCCGGUCCAACCGAUGGCCAGUCGCCACCACAGGCAACCCAUCCUCUGCCCACACCCAGGCAGCAGCCCUCUUCUGAGCGACCAACUGCAGCCAAGGACUCGAGACCCAACGGUUGGUUGAAGCCAAAUGGAUCCCACGGUAAACUUGGGUCCCGACCAUCCUCCAGCCUGGAUGCCGUUGGGAAGAUGUUGGGGAAAUCGUGCCACAGGGCUUCUCAAAGGUCCAGCCAUGGGAGCUCCGCCCCAGGCUCCAAGUGGAAAUUGACUCCAGAGUAUGGAGUGGCCAGGAGACCAAGGCACCCAGAGAGGAACCCUUCAAAGCAGGAGACAGAGACACACAGUGGGAAAGGGAGGAUGGCAGAGCUACCAGGGAGGAAUGGCACUGCAAACUCUGAUUAUUCAGAAAUAAAUGAACACAGUAGACAGCCCAGCAAAAGUAAAUUGCAACAGUUGAGAUCCAAAGUUAUAAAAGUGGAUGAUUCCUCUUCCGAUGAAGACGUGAGACGGAAAGCCCAGAAAAUUCUUCGGGUGAACCUGUCUCCGGUUAUUAAAAUAAGGCCAAUAACCUACCCUGAACACUCGUGACUUGUAUUGAAUUUUUCACAAGUGGACAUCUCAUCACAUUGACAUUUUCUUGUGUUUUUGUAAAAUUGUACAAAAAAAAAACUAUUUGAUCGGUCUUUUGUCCAGUGUAAAUUUUUCACUUGGUCAAUUUGUGAUCAGAAAGGUUGAUAAUUUGGCAAGCCUGUUAUUGGUUCCAAAAGAAGAUGUGUUUGGAUUCCAUGUGUUCUGGCACAUAUUGUGCAUGGGUCGAAAAAAAUGGCCUGUAUCCCAAACAUUCCCUUGCUGGUCAACUCUUAAACAGAUAAUUGCCUGGAGAAGUUCUACAGUUGUUCUAGGCUUAUGUGCAAUACAGGAUCUCUCUUCACAACUGUCCAUAGCAAAAAAAAAGGCCACUCGAAUCUAUUUUAAAUGAAUUUCCUUAAAUUUGGUUUAAAUGCUACUUUUUAAAGGAAGAAAAAGUGGUAUAGAAUGUCUGUAUAUACAGUAACCUCAAGUGCAGCUGCUAAAUAGAUCUGUAACAAAGCUUUUGAUAUACAUGAGGGUCUUGGUAUAUUAGAGUUUGACUUUUGAAUUUUAGAAAAAAAUAAUGAUGGUUCCCUGAUUGCUCAAUGAAUGCAUUUCCUGGGCUGGUAUGUAAACCAGGAAAGUCCCAGGUUUUGAUUUAUGAACACUGCUGAGCUUAAUUAAACAUUGAUCUUGGUGUCUGGGUGGGAUUAGGUGAAAAGUAAGAAUGGGUUCCUGCUUCUGAUUGCCAUCCAGUUGAUUUGAACUGGAACCUGUGUUUAUGUAUAUGUGUGUGUGUUUGCAAGGUGAGAACAGGUCGGGGGUAUAGUCCUUAUCCCCAUAGAUCACUGUCUAGCAUUGCAUAUAAAAAAGGCCACUUUUAAUUUUUUAACCUAAAAGGGAGUUUCCACUAGCUUUUGUAAAAUGUUUAUAGCUUUCUAGUUAAGUUUUCUCAUUUUCUACGUGAGUGUUUUUACAACCAAACCUGUUUACAUUGCCAACCAAAGGGUUGUUAAUGUGUUGUGAAUGAGUUUUUUAAACUAACCACAAACUAUAUAUCACCUAUCAUCCAGUUCUUUCUUUAAUUCUUCUACAGGCACAAAUUGCAGAUUGUUUUCCAAAAAAAAUCUUUUUUACAACCUUCCUGUGACAGAAACUUCAUUUCAAUGGGUGAUUUGAUUUGCUGCAGCACAAGCCAUUUUUGGUUCUUUUUUUUUAGAAGACUAUCUUUUUAUUUUGCCUCCACUCCCACCAUGGCUAAUAAUGUUUGUGGGUCUGAGUGUAUUUCAGGAUGUUUAUUGAGUCCACACGUUGACAGAUGUUUUAUUAUGAAUAACAAAAUUAAGCUUCUGGUAUAUAUGAAAAAUAACUGUCAAUGUUGUGAGAAAAGAAAUCCCUUUGUUAUUUAGUGCAAGAGUGAGCACAAGACCAAGAUCCCAAAAUUGUAACACUUCAUCGCAGGUUGUUUGGACGUUUUGGGGGAGAUGGGGAAGGGAAGACUUGAGGCGAAUCCAGAUGGGAUUAUGUGGUUUGUGUGGAGAAAUUUAGUUUUUAAGAUUAGAAAGAAGGUCAAAACACUACAUGUUUUGAAAUAUUUGAGAAAAUAUGAUUUGGCAUUAUAGUAUACUUUUGAGCCAUUCAGAUGUAGUGCAGUGACACCUGAGUUUAGUUGGUGCCAAAUUCACACCCUUGUUUGGUGAAAUCAAAACCAUGCAACAGAAAUCACUUUAUUGUGGCCGACCCACUGAAGCUUUGUUACAGCUUUAUCUGAGACCCUUGCAAGAGGGGUUUUUUUUAACUAACGUACAAAUAUUCUUAAUAUGUGGAAUUCCUAGUGUUUUGGUAAAAAAAAUUUAUAUACAUACAUGGUGAAAAUUUAAUUAAAAUGAAGAUGUAAUUCUGAGAUGAUCUGAAUAAUUGAGUGCUGUUAUUUGAAAUCCCCCCCCCAAAUAUUUUCUCUCGCAGUGCGUAGUUAGGUUAAAAAAGAUGAUCAAAAAUAUGAUUAUACCUGGUGAUGGGAUGGUCUUCGGGAUGUGAUCCGGAUUCACAAUGACAAUUUAUUGAGUUUAAAAGCCAUCACCGUUGUGCGCUUAUCAUGGAAUUUCAUCCAGGAGAUUGUUUUAUGAGCCCUGCAAUGAGAUUAAAUAUUGCUUUUUGUAAAAAAAAGAAAAUCUACAGGAUAUACAUUUUUAAGUAAGAAUAACAAAUUGCAUUAUGUUUUUUUUUAAGAUUUGGUCACAAAAGCCAAGGAAAGCAACACUGCCUCUUUAAACCGGGACUACAUUUUUAGUGUUUUAACCUGUGCUACUUUUCUGAUACGGGGGAGACAGUUAGACAGUGUUCCCUUUCUGCAAGUUUAAAGUUUGCAGAGCUGAAAGAUCAUAUAGUUAUCCAGAGAAGUUGAAACCAAAGAUGCAGUAGAUCAGUCAACUUCUCAAUGAUGCAUUAAUGAUGAGGACACUUGCAGCCUAUUUUUGUUUCAACUCUAGUUCAGCAAGUCCUAUUUUUCUUCAGUCUUACAACGUUAUUUGGCAGUUGUCUUAAGCUUCUUUAACGAGUAUUUUUGCAUUUGGAAUGACAGUGAAAUUUGUUCAUUUGCUGCAAUGUCUGUUGUAGCUGCAUGAUUGUCUUUGGGCUGAUAUGUGUUGAUCGUAUCAGUAUCGACCAAGCAAGAUAUCGAAGGGCACAGUGUACGGCUCUAUUGCAUUAUUUUUGCCGUUGCAUAACCUAUUACAUAAUGUCACCCUGUGGAAAUAAAUUCAUAAGAUCAGUGAGGUUAGAACAAUUGUGCCAAAAAUUUCAGCCUAUUUUGUAUUGGUGGAACAUUCGUGCAGCCCCUAGAGUUUAUCAAUGUUACAAUAGUGUUCUGCAGGAUAGUGUUGCUUAUUAAAUUAAGAGGCCCGUUAAUGAAGUUGAUUGGUAAUGUGAUGCUCUCUGAAGCAGUCUGCCUCAACAGCGGGGAUGCAAGGCUUCGAUAGGACAUUUGUUGACCGUCUUAAUUGAGUGGAGGAUGGUCUACAACACAAGAUGGAUGAUGCUGUCUAAAACAGCAGUAGCGCAAAGGCUGAGAGUAAUUUUCAAGCAUUAGUUUCAAGUGAUUCAGAUUGGGAUUCUAGUUAUCGAAGCUUCUGGCUAAAUAUUGAAGGGAGAAGUGCAAAGUUUAACCUGGGCUUCAGUGUUGCUAACAAUCUAGUUUAUGAAUGUUUGCCCUGACUAGUGUUAAGAAUCUUGAUGUGCAAUAUGGUUAGGCCUACAAAAGGGAAGACCGUUUCAAACACUUCUUCGUUGAGGUUUUCUGCAACAUGUUAAUGCACUUCUUCUUAAUCCAGUCCAUAGCCAAAAGAGUGGCUGUAAAGUAGCUUUUUGAAGACUAUCUCCUCAAUACACUGUCAAAUAUGUUUUUUGUCAAAUUAGCAACUAUGCAUCCUUGUUUUUUUUUCAUAACACGCACUUUCUAUGCGAAACGUUUGGGUGUCCCUGAAACAUUGAGGCAUAAAGCUGUGGAAUUAUUGCCAGUGAAUCGAGUUGUCUAUGGAAUCACUGGCAGGUUGUCCCCGUCAUGUAGGGAGGGGGGAAAUAUGCUUGUUCAAAAGUGCUUCCACGGCUUAAAAUGGGCAGUUGUAUGAAUUUUAAAGGCAACUUUUAUAUUUUAAAGCUCAAAAUUUUCCACUUUAAAAAAAUAAGCAUUUUGUUAUUAUGAAAUGUUUUGUGUUUUCUGUUUUAUCUUUUUAACGGAUGCUUUGACUGUGAAAUGUUCUGUAAUUUUUUUUCACUGUCUGUUGUAUUGCAGCGACUAUGGACAGUAGUUAUUUAAAAUAUUAAAAUCUUUUCAAGGAUUUAUAAA